AUGGGCCAGGCUCCCUGGGAGGCAGACUACGAGCUUCUGCCCUUUGAGGGCCUGCCUGACAAGUACUUCGAAAUGGGUAGGAAUCGUGGCCACCGCCAUGGCUGGGUGGAGAUCCGUCUGGACGCGCGCAAGGUCGCCCGCGAGCGCCGGCGUCCUGUGGCCCAGCGAGCGCAGGCCGUCGGGAUCUGGUUCCACAUCCUGGCGGGGAUCGCGCCCCUGGCGGUCAUUAGCAACGGGAGCGGCGCCCGCGACCUGCGCGGCUCGGUCAAGUUCACGCUGGCGCGCGCCCCGGCCGCCUUGACCGCCGCGCACAACCGCACGCGCAGGUACCGGGCUUUCAGGGGAGAUGACGCCCAUUACUCCCCGGCCUCCUGGAACCUUCUGGCCAUCCGCCUGGCCUUCAUCUUUGUGUUUGAGGUACUGGGCACCUCGGCGGGGUGGUCCCCAGCCCCUACCCCACCUGCUCGCACCUGGAUAGGGGUUGGAGGGAGCAGGGAGCUGGCGCUUCCCACUGUCACCUGGUCAGACGCUCAGUCCUGUGGGCCCUACUCCUCCGCUGGCCUGUCUCCCGGCGUGAGGCCACCGGAGUGCUUCCCUGCGGAGUGUCCCGUGGAAGCUGGGGGUGGCUCCUGUGGCCUUGGCCCCUGCCCCUCCCAGGAGUUUCCUGUUCUGCACGGAUGCUCAGGCCUCACUGAGAGCAGGGGAAGGCCACGCUGGGCACGUGUUUUGCCAAGGGGGUGCCCUCUGCCCCCAGCAGUGGUGUUCUCCCUGGGCCGGGUCCUCGGCCUCCUGGUUCCCGACAGCCCUGGGUCUGCGGAGGUCAAGAUGAAGCGGGAGCACCCCCUGGCCAAGCAGGCGCUGGCUGAGAACGCGCCCCCAGCCCCGCACAGUCCGCGCAAUCCGCUUCGUCCUGCCACCAAGGCAGACUCAUCUCGCUCCUCCUCCUCCACCCUCUCCUGGGAACAGGCUCUUUUUGGGACAAAACACGUGAGAGAGGACGGGCCCUUGGGCCCAGAGAUGAGGCCGCCGGGCCUCCCCAGCCCCUUCCCUGAGGCGGGCCCACUGGUGGAGGGAGGCUCGCCAGCCCGAGGCCACAGCCCCCCCCAGGGCAAACGGGCCCCCACCUGGGACGCUGCCCCCCGUCACUGCCCCCCACCCCUGACCUCCUGGGGCCUGGCCUCUCAGCUCUGGUCCUUCCAGCCCUCCCCCUGCCCGGGUCCGAGGCUCGGCUCCGGCUGCGCCCGCGGAUGUGGGUCCUGACCUCACUCUGGUGCCCCCCACACCUGCUGACCCUCACACGGUAGUGACCCUCUCCAGGCCAGCCCUGCCCCUCCCUACCGUCCAGGCGGGGCCCUGCCUGCUCCCAGCACAGCCCCACUAUCAGCCCCCGACCCUGGUCACGACCCGGAGUCUGCUCACCACGCUGACCCCGCCAGGGCCUGCGCCUGCGUCUCCUCUCUGCUUGAGCCCGGCCCGGCCCCCUCCAGCCACCACCAGCAGCCCCAGGCGUCCCUUGAACCUCUUCCGGUGCCGUUGCCGGCCCCUCCCAGACUCUGCGCGUUGAGUGGAGCCCCCUCCCCGCCCCCCGGGAGCGCCCCGCGGGGAGGUUGUGGGAGCGAACUGGACUUCACCCCCCUGACCAUCAGACACCUGGAGGAAAGGACAGUCCAGUAACGCUGGUGGGGCUCCUUCCAGAAGUUUCUUGGCAAGUCCUGCUUAAAACUGGGGGCAUGACAGUCCCUGCAGUUCGACCCUGACUGCACGUGGCACUCCCCUUCCUUGUCUUUGAAAACCACAAACUCCCAGAAACGCCGCGCCCGCCCUGCCUUCCCCGAGGGGACGCUCCUCCACUGGACAGGGGCGUCCAAAGGCUCGGCAGGUUUCAGACUGCGACGCACCCCGCCCACCCUCUCCCAGAGCUGCCCCCGGCACCUUUACAUCGUCCUUGGCAGCGAGGCGUGAGGCUGAGGCACGGCCGCUGGCAUUUCUCUUGGAUGUGCCACUGUGCCCGGACCAUUUGGAAGAUGUCCUCGUUUGUGGGUGGGCAGUGGGGCUGCCUGCACGAUGCCCACUCUUAUCACCAGAUCCCCAAGUAUCUCCUCCCAGGGGGUUGCUUUUCUGUUGUUACUGCUGUUUUUAAC